ACACCCACCCACCUCCUACCCCCGAACUCGACUCUCCGGGUGACCCGGGCCGGAGCUGCUGCCCGGAGGGGACCCCACGUCGGUCGCCAUGGCCUGGACCAAGUACCAGCUGUUCCUGGCCGGGCUCAUGCUCGUCACCGGUUCCAUCAAUACGCUGUCGGCCAAGUGGGCGGACAAUUUCACAGCCAAGGGCUGCGGAGGGAGCCAGGAGCACAGCUUCCAGCAUCCCUUCCUGCAGGCGGUGGGCAUGUUCCUCGGGGAGUUCUCCUGCCUGGCCGCCUUCUACCUGCUGCAGUGCAGAGCUGCGGGACAGUCAGACUCCAGAGCUGACGCACAGCAAGCCUUCAACCCCCUUCUGUUCUUGCCCCCGGCCCUCUGUGACAUGACGGGGACCAGUCUCAUGUACGUGGCACUGAACAUGACAAGUGCCUCCAGCUUCCAGAUGCUGCGGGGUGCGGUGAUCAUAUUCACAGGCCUGUUCUCCGUGGCUUUCCUGGGCCGCAGGCUGAUGCCGAGCCAGUGGCUGGGCAUCCUGGCCACCAUCGCCGGGCUGGUGGUCGUGGGCCUGGCCGACCUGAUGAGCAGGCAUGACAGUCAGCACAAGCUCAGCGAAGUGAUCACAGGAGACCUGCUGAUAAUCAUGGCCCAGAUCAUCGUCGCCAUCCAGAUGGUACUGGAGGAGAAGUUUGUCUAUAAGCACAAUGUGCACCCACUGCGGGCCGUUGGCACUGAGGGCUUCUUCGGCUUCCUGAUCCUGUCCCUGCUGCUGGUGCCCAUGUACUACAUCCCCGCCGGCUCCUUCAGUGGCAACCCACGCGGGAUGCUGGAGGACGCCCUGGACGCCUUCUGCCAGGUGGGCCAGCAGCCGCUCAUCGCUGUGGCACUACUGGGCAACAUCAGCAGCAUCGCCUUCUUCAACUUCGCGGGCAUCAGUGUCACCAAGGAGCUGAGCGCCACUACCCGCAUGGUGCUCGACAGCUUGCGCACCGUAGUCAUAUGGGCGCUGAGCCUGGCGCUCGGCUGGGAGGCCUUCCACCCGCUGCAGAUCCUUGGCUUCCUCAUCCUCCUAAUGGGCACUGCACUCUACAACGGGCUUCACCGCCCACUGCUGGCCUGCGUGGCUAGGGGCCGGCGCCCCAACGAGGAGGGCGAGCAUGAGAGACUGCUCGGGGGCAGCCGGACUCCCAUUAAUGAUGCAAGCUGAGCCCAUGCUGGCAUUUGCUGCCACCUGUGUCCCUAGGUUACCCGGAGGCUGAGGCCGAGCAAGCUGGUGCCUGCCCCCAAGGCCUUGCCCUUCCCCCUACCUGCUGACUAAUCCCAGGGCAGCAGCCACCACAAAGAUAACACAUCUAAACUCCCAGUCCUUUUCCCCUGCCACCUGCAGGAUGAUGGGACCCUCUCCCUGCAAGCCUGAGUGUGGCGACCACCUCCUGCAUCCCUAAGGCUAAGCGAGAAGGACUGGGAAAUCUUCAAUUAGACUGUUGUAAUAGAUGAUCCAGUUUAUGGUUCAUGGUGAGAUUGGAUUGUCCAAAGCAGCAAGGCCAGUGAGGCAGCCAGAGCUGAGCAUGGCAUUUGCUAAAACUCCUGAGAGACCCUCUCUGACCCUGUCCCUACCCCUGUGGUUCCUCCCAGCCUCUGCCACACGGCCCCGAGCAACUUCCCAGCACAGUACCGGUGGCUCUGGAAAGUAGCUGUCUGUUGUACAGGCCCAGCCUUCCUGUGGGCCUCAGAUCUGUACAGCCUGUGUCUGGGAAAUGCCCCCAGGCCCAUCCUCCUCCAUGCUUGUUCUGCCAUCCUCUCUCACACACUCAAGGCCUCCCUGCCUGGAGACCAGUGUUACCAGGGACAUGGCAGGCAGCCCUUCCUAAUUAUCCAUUCCCCCCUUUUCCAGUCCAUCUUAAAGAAGCACAAACAGAAGCCAAGAAUUCUAAAUUGUUUGCCUCCUAGGGGAGCCCAAGACCAUACAGCUGUGUGGUCCUAGGACAGACUAGGAUGUAGAGUGUGUGGCUGGAUCCCAGCAAUGUGGCUGCUAUGCAAGCCCCCAGGUGCUGGGUGCCUGGGUUCCCACCACCCCAGGGUCCCUCGCAUUGUGCUGAGUGCAUUCAUGUUCCUCACAAUCUUCAGAGGUGGGCCUGGGUAAGGCCUCCACAGCCCAGAGGAAGUUCUCAGAAAAUUCCCAGGGAGCCAUAAUGCCAACCCAGGUUUCCAACUUCCAAACCAGUGGUCCCACCUACCACAUGAGUCCCUGGGGUCCCGCAGCUGGGCCAGAAGCUAGAAGCACAGGUGUCCCCCAGCCACCCCCAUCCCAAGAGAAGAAUGGCAGCUAGCAACCCUGCUCACCCUGGAACUGGGAUGGGAAUGUUGCCUGCAGCCAUUUGUACUGGCAGCUCAGUCUUCCAACACCCAAUGCCUUCCCUACAGUAGGUUCCAGGGCCCUGGAGUGUGUGGGGUUGCAGCAGGCUGCAGCUUACCAGGGGAGGGUAGCCUUGCCAUCCACUAGUUUGAGUCCCAGGAUUUUGUCCAAUCCAUGGCAUGUGUCACAGGAAGGAGGAUGUACAUAGUGAGAGUGGUGGAACUGCAGUGACCUUGCCUGUAAAACAGAGGCUUUGGCAUGUUGUUUUAUACUUUAUUUUUAAAAGGGGGGGGGAGAAAAAUUAGAAAUAUUGGACUGCUUUAGUACUGUCUUAUUUAUUAUUUUAUUUGAGAGAAGCAAAUAAUUGGUUCACUCCUCAACUGCCCACAACAACCAGGACUGGAAGGGGCCAAAGCCAAGAGCCUGGAACUCAAUCCAGGUGUCCCAGGAACCAGACAGCUUGAGUUGUUGCUUCCCAGGGUCUAAAGUAGCAGGAAGCUGGAGUCAGUGGCCCAGCCAGGUAUUAAACACAGAUACUCCAAAGUGGGACAUGGGUAUCUUAACUGACAUCUUAACCACUAGGCUUGAAUG